GCCGGGUCUGGGGGGCUCGGGGGCGCCCCCCCCCCCCCUGACCCGGUGCCCCCCCCCAGAUGGAGUUCCUGACGGGCUACCGGGCGGAGCUGCUGGAGCUGGUCUCGCUGGUGCUGGGCUGGCGCUGGGGGGCCGGGGGGACCCCCCCCGAGGCGGGGGCACUGCGGCGGCUGCCCCCCGAGCCAGGGCCCUGGGUGCUGCACGCACUGCCCAACGCCCGCCUGGGGGUGGCCCUGCCCGCAGGGGGGGGCCCGGCGGGGGGGGGGGCCCCUCUGGGGACCCGCGGGCCCCUCUGCGGAGACACGGCCCUGACACUGCCGGACCUGCGCCGCACCCUCACCUUCAUCAGCCUGGAGGAGGAGGAGGAGGAGGAGGAGGAGGAGGAGGGUGGCGGCAGAGGCGGCCGCCCGGGUAAUGCCCCCCCCCCGGAGGGACCCCUAAACGUGACCCCCCAGACCCCAAAACUGGUCGUCCCUGAGCUUGGCUGGGAGCCCCCGAACUGCCCCCCCCGGAGGGGGCCCUCAUCCCGUGGGACCCUGAACCUGAGCCAGGUGCUGGUGGUGACGCGGGUGCUGCUGCUGACAGACGCCCGCGGGGCCCCCCUGGGCUUCGACUUCGAGCUGGGGUCCCCCCACGCCCCCCCCGCGCCCCCCCCGGCCCGCCGGGCCCUGGUCCUGCUCUGCCGCGCCAUGGGGUGCCCCAUGGCCGGGGGCCCCCCCCGCCGCCCCCGCCAGCUCGCCGUGGCGGAUGCCGGCCUGCACGCUGCCCUGCAGCCGGCCGCCGCACGCCUGGGGAUGACGCUGGUGGGGACCCACCUGCGGGGCUGGGGCCCCCCCCCCACCCUCGGCCCCCCCCGCGCUGCGGUCCCGCCUCUGCCACGCUUGCGGGGGGCUCGCCAGGACCCCGCUGCCAUGCCCGCAGUGCCGGGCUGUGCUGUACUGCUCCGAGGGGUGCCGGGCAGCCGAGGCUCUCGGGGUGCACCGGGGCUGGUGCCGCCAGCUCGGGGGGUUCAUGGGGCGCACGGCCCCCUGGCGCAGCUGCCCUUCACCUUCACCGCAGAGGUGACAAGCGAGACCUUUGACAAGGAGCGGUUCCUGGGAGCGCGGGGGCUCACCCGGGGGGGCUGGGCCCACCUCAGCAUGCUGGUGCGGGCCCCCGACUAUGGCGUGGGGCUGGGGGGGGACUGCCACCCCCUCGGGACCCCCCACGACCUCCCCUUUGAGGGGCUGCAGCCGGCCGGGGAGGUGUCGCUGCCCCCCGCCCCCUCCAAGCCCCCCCCACCCAACAGCUUCUUCAGCUCCUGGCAGCAGUACUACGCCUGGCGGGGGCUGCCCCUCAGCUCCCCCCUGGCCGCGCUGCUCUCCUACCCCCUGAGCCUCUACUACAUCGUCACCAGCCUCGUGCCCCAGCACUUCCCGGAGCUGAACAUCCUGAGGAAGCGCUCGCUGCGGGUCCAGGUGGAGGAGAGCGGCCGGGAGCUGCAGCUGGUCGGGCUCUUCUGGGAGCUGUCGGUGCUGCUGCCCCACAUCUCCCUGGAGCUGCUGUUCCUGGGGGGCUCCGUGCCCCCACCCAUGGACGGGCGGCGAUUCCUGCUGCACCGCACGGAGGUGCAGGAGCUGCUCCCAGGGACCCCCUCAAAGGCGGGGGGGCCCCGGGGGGUGCAGGUGGCAUUCAGCACCCGCCCCGGCCCCCGCCCCGACCUCGUCAUUGGGUUCAACCCCGGCUUCGCCCUGAAGGAGUCAUGGCUCAGCGCCCUCCCCCGCCUGCAGGCGCAGCGGGUGCCGGCGUACUUCGCGGAGUGGGGGGAGUACGGCUGCGCGGUGGCCAGGGCGGCCGUGGGGGCGGCCACGGGGGGGGGCACCGGCCCCCCCCCUCCUCAACCCCUUCCGCUGCCCCUUCCGCCAGCCCGGCCUGGACAACGCCCUGCCCUGGUACGCCAACGCCUUCAUCUUCCAGCUGCUCUACAAGGGGGGGGCGGGGGGGCCCCGUCCCCCCCCGGCAGCGGCCCCCCCCCCCCGCUCGCCCCCCGCCAGCCCCCCCCCGCGAGCGCCGCCGCGACAAGCGCCCCCCCCCGCCGCCGACGCUGCUGA